GACACAACGCCCACAACAUCCCGAGUACUGUAGGGGACUUCUAGUCGAUGCCCAAGGCGCCUCUCCGACGGACUGCACUCAUCAGAAUACGGGAACGCCACAUAAAAUGCUUACAGCGGCGCGAGCACAGCGGGCGGCGUGCCCGCAGUGCACCCGACAAGUCCUGUCGCUGUUCCAAGCCGGCUUCUCAGGCUCGCAUCAUGCAUUCACUCCCCAGACAAGUAGCAGAGCCACACGCCUGAUCUCUCAAGGUCGAUCGCCACUGCGACGGCACUUCUCGACGACCCGGUCCGCCCUUCAGAACGCGCAGCCCGAGCCGGAUAGGCGGCCCGACACAGACAUCGAGGAGUUGCCCUCGUCACCAAACGGCGACAAAUCGCACGACGUCGAGACCGUAGUACGGCAGGCCCGCCAGGCUUUCGGAAAGACGUUGCCUAAGGGAUAUCUGAGCGAUGAAGAAUACAAACUCUACGAGCGGCUGUACGGGCCACCUCUGCGCGACACUUUGCCCGAGGACGUCGGGUAUCAUACACGGGAGGCGCCUUCAAGCCACGAGUACGAGGACGUGAUCGACAUUGAGCAGUCAGGGAAAGAGCAGGGCCAAGCUGAGGAUCCAGUUCCAGGUGCAGAGGCUCUUAACCCGUCACUACCAUCGGAAGCGGGGCAAAGCUACGUCAACGCCGUGGCCCAGAACCAACGCGAGUACGACGCCUUGAUGAAGCUACAGAAGGACUUUGAGCAGUAUAAUCUCGAGAACAAGAGGCCAAGCACGAAUGUUGAGGCCGAAGAGCAGCGAGCACUGGAAGAGCAGGAAGAUAUGAUUGAGGAGGAGGAAGACGAGGAUGAGAUAGACGACGACGAGUAUCUCGACUCAGACGGACAAGGCGCAGAGGAAGGACGAAUCCGUGGCCGGAGCGCACGCCUUCACGAAUAUACCAAGCUAGGUCACUGGCGGACUUCUCCAAGCACGGUGUUCCUGCCGACGGAGGACCUGGUCACGCCCAUCCAGACACUCUUGACACGCACCGACACCACACAUAUCAAGCAGACCGCCGAGAGGGCUUUCGGUGGACCAGGCUUGCCAUUCUCAGUUGCCACCCCGGCAUCGAAGCGUAACGCCCCGCAAAGGGGUGUCGGUCUGGAGGCUGGCCAAGGAAGGAUGUCCGAGAUCGAAGCUGAUGCGUUCAUUGCCACCAACUAUCCAGGCAUGUACUCAACAGCAACCAGCAUUCUGGUCGAAGUACGCAAGCGCCUAGGCCCCCAGUGGCUACAGGGUCUCAUGGGACGGAACGGCGGAGACGGCCCUCGCAUGCUCGACGUUGGCGCCGGUGGCGCCGCAGCCGCUGCGUGGCAGGAGGUUAUGAAAGCUGAGUGGCAGCUCGCCAAGGAUCGCGGCGAGGCAGCUGGCCACAGUCCAAAGGGCAAGAGGACAGUGGUUGUGGGAUCAGAUCACCUACGACACCGGAUCUCGCGCUUCUUGCACGACACAACCUUCCUGCCCAGACUUCCCGACUAUCUGCACUCUGGCAACCACCCAGACAAGAUUGACGACAGUGAGACGCCGCUGCCGCGGAAGCAGUUCGAUGUCAUCAUUGCGUCGCACAUGCUGCUCCCAUUCAAAGAGGAGUACAAGCGCAAGGCUUUCAUUGACAACUUGUGGGAGAUGCUCUCUCCCGAAGGGGGCAUUCUCAUCGUUCUCGAGAAGGGCAUGCCUCGAGGUUUCGAGGCCGUCGCGGAAGUGCGCGGCCGCCUCCUCAACGAGUUCAUCGAGGCACCAACUUCAGAUCCGCAGGUGUCUCCAGACCCAGAGACGCCGCUUCCCGAGCGUGAGACGGGCUCCAUCAUCGCCCCUUGCACAAACCACAAGCCCUGCCCGAUGUACCUUACUCCUGGCCUAUCACCUGGUCGCAAGGACUUCUGCCAUUUCAGCCAGCGCUUCACGCGCCCGCCGUUCCUGCAAAGGGUCCUUGAGGCCAAAUGGCGCAAUCACGAGGACAUUGACUUUAGCUUCGUCGCCGUCCAGCGCGGCAGCGGCAGCAGCAAUACCAGCACUACCACCACCGCAGAUCCCCCGACGCCCGUUGCGGCCACCCAGCACAAGGCGAACGACAUCGCAGACCGCGCCUUCCAGGGCUACGAGCACGUCAACCCCAGCGCUGCCGACCCGUCCGAUCCCGCGCCCGACGCGCGCUCGCUGCCACGACAGAUCCUCCCGUCGCUGAAGCGCACGGGACACGUGACCCUCGACGUGUGCACGCCCGCGGGGACGAUUGAGCGCUGGACCAUCCCCAAGUCCUUCAGCAAGCAGGCGUACCACGACGCGCGCAAGACGCGCUGGGGCGACCUGUGGGCGCUGGGCGCCAAGACGCGCGUCGUGCGCAACGUGCGCCUGGGCAAGGCCGGGACCAUCACUGCCAACGACGGCGGCGUGCGUGCGCAGCGCGCCCUGGGCGGCAACAAGAAGAAGGGAGGCGGCGGCGGGAACAGGAGGAAGAUCCCCGUCAUCGAGCUGAAUGCCAACGAGUCGGGCAUCUUCAGCGCCACCGAGGCCGGCGUGGCGGGCCGCGUGGUCGACAGGAACGAGCGCAGGACCAAGGGCGGCAAGAAGCCGAGGAGGAAGCAGAAGGACCUACUGCAGGAACUCGAGGAGAUGGAGUAGAGUCAAGAAGCACCCUUCUCUCUUUUGAUUGGCGACUCAGAGUACUCGAAAGAAUGAUGGGAGGUUUUAUCGCUGUCGUCGUCGCAGGACAAAGACCUUGUCCUUGUCCUUCAGCCACACACGGGGCAACAGCAUUGUAACAAAAGUAUUCUUGUACUACUAUUUGUGAUGAAACAGCAUUUUGGUCUCCUGUAGACCAAUGUAAGAAUAGCCGUCAAGGCAUGACUAUAUAAAGUAUGUACAACAAGAAAUAAAGCAUGAUGAUAUGACUCUGGACAGCUUUUGGUAGCCCUCUGUAAUGGUUACGCCUUUUAUUUACUAUUUACGCAGAGCCCAGUGUGUGUGUGUGUGAGUGAGAGAGAGAGUUAAUCGGCGCAGAGAAAUAAUCAAAAGGGCACGUGGUCUCGGGCAUUCUUAACCACCAAUGGCUCUCUCUCCAUGCCUUCCCUUUGGGAAUAUGCCAUGUUGCGCAGGGGGGGGG